ACACUUCGACAACUAAAAAAAAGCUCUUUUUAUAAGAAACAAACAGCUGUUUUUCGCUCUCGAAACUUUUUCAGUUUUAGAACUUUAUUUAUUUCACGAGAAUUUGUUAAAGAUUUGUGUAGACGGCAACAAACAAUUGCUCGCAGUUUCUGGCUGGCAUUUGCCAUUUUAAUAAGCUGGACGUGACUCUGGCAGGUGCAUAGAAAAUACACUUUCAUAACGCACACACGCACAAAACUGGCAAAGUGACAGUGGCAACAAUAACAUCGACAAUAACAAGAUCAUGUCGGAGAAGAAUAUCAAAGUGGGCGCCCGGGUCGAACUGACCGGCAAGGAGCUGUUCGGCACGAUCGCCUACGUUGGCAUGACCAGCUUUGCUGUUGGCAAGUGGGUGGGCGUGGUGCUGGACGAGCCGAAGGGCAAGAAUAGUGGUUCCAUCAAGGGGCAGCAGUACUUUCAAUGCGACGAGAACUGUGGCAUGUUUGUGCGGCCCACGCAGCUGCGUGUGAUAAUGCCAGCUGGCGGCGAUAGCGGUGGUUCAGGCAAUGCCACGCCCACGCUGCAACCCACAAAGGCACGGCUUAGCGGAUCACGCAACUCACUCUCAUCCAGUCGCCAGUCAUUGCUUGGCUCACGCACACAACUCACCACAUCGUUAAGCGAACGCACCGGAUCCAGCAGCAGCUUGGCUGCUCGCAAAUCUCUUGCGCCUCAGAGCAGCAAGGAUAAGGAUGUCUCCAGCACGGGAUCGUUGGCAGCCGAAGGCGGCGGUGGCAGCGGCGGCGCAGGCGCCACAACAUCCGCUACCGCAUCGAAGCGUGCUUCGUUUGUGGAGACCGGCUUUCUGGAGAUAUUGAAGCCACAGUUUACACCAUCGCAGCCCAUGCGUUCGCCCUCGUUUACGGCCACUAGCACGACGGAGGACAAGGUUGCCUUGCUGGAGGCACAAAAGACCAGCGCAGAGCUGCAAACACAGCUGGCGGAUGUCACCGAGAAGCUUGAGACAUUGAAGCAGCGUCGCAACGAGGACAAAGAGCGUUUGCGAGAGUUCGACAAGAUGAAAAUUCAGUUCGAGCAGUUGCAAGAGUUUCGCACCAAAAUAAUGGCUGCCCAGGCAUCUCUGCAAAAGGAACUGCAGCGGGCCAAGCAGGAUGCCAAGGACGCCAUCGAGGCCAAGGAGCAGCAUGCCCAGGAAAUGGCAGAACUCUCUGACAAUGUGGAAAUGAUUACGCUGGACAAGGAAAUGGCCGAGGAGAAGGCAGACACGCUGCAGUUGGAAUUGGAAUCGAGCAAAGAGCGCAUCGAGGAGUUGCAGGUGGAUCUAGAGUUGUUGCGCUCCGAGAUGCAGAACAAGACAGAAUCUAGCAUAGCGGCCAGUGAUGGUGGUAUGUCCACCUAUGAAUUCAAGCAGUUGGAGCAGCAAAACAUACGCCUCAAGGAUACUCUCGUGCGUUUGCGUGAUUUAACGGCGCACGACAAACACGAUAUACAGAAGCUAACCAAGGAGCUGGAGAUGAAGCGUUCUGAGGUCGCAGAAUUAGAGCGCACCAAGGAAAAGCUUAGCUCCAAAAUUGAUGAACUGGAAGCCACAGUCGCCGACUUGCAGGAACAAGUGGAUGCUGCACUGGGCGCCGAAGAAAUGGUCGAACAACUGGCCGAGAAGAAAAUGGAAUUGGAGGAUAAAGUGAAGCUGCUCGAGGAGGAAAUUGCACAGCUCGAAGCGCUCGAAGAAGUGCACGAGCAACUGGUGGAGAGCAAUCAUGAACUAGAGCUGGAUCUGCGCGAGGAACUCGAUCUGGCCAAUGGUGCCAAAAAGGAAGUACUACGCGAACGUGAUGCUGCCAUUGAAACGAUCUACGAUCGUGAUCAGACCAUCACCAAGUUCCGUGAGCUGGUACAAAAACUCAACGAGCAGUUGAUCGAGCUACGCGAUCGCAGCUCCAGCAACGAGCAGAAAUCACUGCAGGAUCCCAGUCUCAAACUGGCCACCGAGACCAUCGAUUACAAGCAAAUGUUUGCCGAGUCCAAGGCAUACACUCGCGCCAUCGAUGUGCAGCUGCGACAGAUUGAGUUAAGUCAGGCCAACGAACAUGUCCAGAUGCUGACUGCCUUUAUGCCCGAAUCCUUCAUGAAUCGCGGUGGAGAUCAUGACUCGAUACUUGUUAUACUGCUCAUCUCGCGCAUUGUCUUCAAGUGUGGCAUCGUUGUGUCGCAGACCCGUGAACGCUUCCCCGCUGUCGAGGCUGUUACUCGCGAGGCCGUGACCCAAGGAUAUGCUGUGCAGCAAUAUGCGUUCAAAUGCCGCCUGAUGCACUACAUCCACAAUCUGCAGUGUGCACUGCAUCAGAUACUCUACGGUCUGAAUAGCUGCACUCCGGACACGUUGUUACGUGCUGGCAGCUCGCUGCCCGAGAUGGUGGCACAGGAGAAGAUCGUCGAUGGCAUCAUCGAACUGCUGAAAUCGAAUCAGCUGGAUGAGAACAGCACCACGGACAAUAUCGAGAAGUGUGUGGCGUUCUUCAAUGCCAUGAACUCGGUGCUCUUGGCGGGCGAGCAGCUGCUGAACGAAACACAAAUGAUACGCGACUGUGUUGCUUCGUUGGGCGCCGCCUGUGAGUCCAUUUUGAAUGACACAGCGAUUGCCAAGGUGAUCAUCGAGGAGGCGGGCGCCACAAGUGAUUCGAUGCUGCUCAUUCAGUUCCUCAACGAGCACAUGGAGAGCAUCAAGCAGCAGGUGAAACUGAUCAAGCGACGCCUGCCCAAUGAUCAGCAUGUGAUCAAGUGUGGCCUGUCCCCACACAAAAUGGAUGCAAUGCGUGCGUUGGCCCAACAAAUCAGUCGCAUUAUGUCGGCCAUGCAUGCGGCCACCAAACAGGCGCUGGCUGCCAUUGUGGCCAAUACGGAGAGCGAUAAUGCGGCCGAGCAUACGCUGCCCCAGGACAAAUACUGGUCACUGCUCUCCGCGGCUUGUGAGCGCAUCUACGAGCAGGACGAUCGUGGUCCAACGCAGAACUUCAAGGCGCUGCUUGGACAAGCGAACACUGAUCUACAGCACAUUGCCCAGCAUCUGCUGGACAAGGAGUAUGAGAUUAUGUCCGCCGCAGGUGCAGCACCACGUGUCCAAGCGCAGAACACGCCUAUCAAUCAACGCGCCCAGCUAAUCAAGAAACAGCUGGAGCAGAAGAAUGUGCUGGCCGCAACGCUGGAGAAUCGGGAGGCGGACAUCAAGCAGCUGAAACUGGCGGCCAAGAUGAAGCUGAACGAACUGAGCGAAAUGCAAAUACGCAAAGAUCUCGCCGAGAAGAAGCUGAGCGUGCUUCAGUCCGAGUACGAGCAUGCGGUUAACAAAUGGAAACUGCAGUACGAGGAGACGCAUCAGAAUCUGCUCAAGAAAGAGAAGGAAUUCGAGGAGACCAUGGAUCAUCUGCAGAGCGACAUUGAUGCGCUCGAGAGCGAAAAGAGUGAUCUGCGCGACAAGCUUAAGCUAAACACAAGCGUGGGCAAGAGUCAAGCCUCUGAUUCGCACUCCUCCUCCGCGCACAAUCUUUCGGGCACUGGCCUAGGCGGUCCGGGUAGCGCCAAUGCAAGCUACACGGCUCCGGCUGGCACCGCGCCGCUGGUGGCCGAAGAGAUGCAGCUGCUGAAGUGCGCCUUCAACCAGGAGCGCAAUGAGCGUUUGCGUUUGCAGGCGCAGGAUAUGCGCGCCAAGUUGCAACAGUUUGAGCCCAUCCAUGUGCCUCAGCCGCAGGAUCAACGCAUCAAUGCGCUGGAGUCACAGCUGACGAAGAUGAAGCAUGCCUGGGUGCUGUCGCUGCUCCAAGUGCAGGCCAAAGGCGGCAACGGUGGCACCGCCAAUAUCAACACGAUCGCCAUGCAGCGUCGCCAUCAACCGUUGCCCCAAAAGUCGGAGAUCAGUACGCAAGCAUCACGUCUCGCUUCAGACAUUCUGUCGGAGUAUCUGCAACGGAAGCCACAUCGUGCGGCGAGUGGACAAUUCGCCGCUUUUCCCACCGUCGAUGUGAAGCGUGUGCUGCAGAUUUAAGCGGUCAGCGACGGGGCAAUUGGGGCAAUCAUUACGUAGCUAGGCUAGGUCACUUUUAUAAUGCUUCGUUUUUCUGGCUAGCACAAAGGUUUUAGCGAAAGGGGAAAUCCCCAUCUUCAGCCCACACACAGAGCGACACACGCUAGUAGCUUCUUUGGCUUGUCCCCCCACUAACAACCUACACUAACUAACAAUGAUCCCUUCCUUCGUAAUAGUAUCUGCCUUGUGUGGUCACCAGCGUGCUUCUGCUCAUUGAGGUCUAUGACUUUUGGAUGCGCUCGAGGAAGAGCAAUCGAUUCUACUGGAAUCAGGUUCUCCUCCACUUUUUCAUUGGGCUAUGGGAUUAAGUGAUGGUCGCACUUCUUUUAUUGUAAAUCUUAUUUAAUUUAUGUUUGUAUCAUAAUAAUAAUGCUAUAUGUGUAACUUAUGCAACUGUGUAUCUCCACUGAAAUCAACUCAAGCGAACCCAGAACCCAAAACCCUUUUUAUAGCUACUAUAUAAAUUAACAAAAAAAAAUGUAUUAUGUAUCCAUGAAGGCGAGAAACUAUGUGAAUAAAAAGACACAAUCUACUAUUUGUAACUAAACACAAA